UCGGUACACUACAAGUAGCCGCCUAAUUUUCAAAUAUUAAUUCCACAUUCUUGAAUGAAUCUAUUCGCUGCCUCACCAGUCACCACUCAGCAGCCCCUCUCUCUCUCUCUCUCCCUCCCCCUUUGACUCCUUCUAGUCCAAUGCUUUAUAAACAAAUCUCUCUAAUCUCUGCGGUUCGUAAAGUUCGACAGUUCAAGCAAUGAAGUGCUUCCACUUCAACAACGGGGAGAGGAGGGACGACGAGGACGGCGGCGUCGUUACGAGGGCCGCGUCGAAGGUCUCGUGGACGCGCUCGCUGAGCGUGGCGUCCACGGCGAGCACGGCGGUCGACAUCUCGGACGCGAGGGACUUGUCGGACCCGGGCGGGUUCUUUGAGUUCCUGACUCGGCGACGCGCCAACGAUCUGCGCGUGUUCACCUUCGCCGAGCUCAAAUCCGCCAGCAGAGGGUUCAGCAGGGCGUUGCUGAUCGGGGAGGGAGGGUUCGGGUGCGUCUACAGAGGGGUCGUUAGGGUUUGUGAGGGUCCCGAUUCGAAAAUGGAGGUUGCUAUCAAGCAGUUGAAUCGUCAUGGUUUCCAGGGGCAUAAGGAAUGGAUUAACGAGGUGAACUUUUUGGGAGUGGUCAAGCACCCAAAUCUUGUCAAGUUAGUGGGAUAUUGUGCAGAAGAUGAUGAAAGAGGGAUGCAGCGACUUCUAGUCUACGAACUCAUGCGUAAUAAAAGCUUGGAGGACCAUUUAUUGGCUCGAGUACCUUCGCCUCUCUCAUGGAUGACCAGACUAAAAAUUGGGCAGGAUGCAGCCCGUGGUUUGGCUUACCUUCAUGAGGAAAUGGAUUUUCAGCUAAUAUUUCGAGAUUUCAAAACGUCAAAUAUUCUGCUUGACGAGGACUUCAAUGCAAAGCUCUCAGAUUUUGGACUGGCUAGACAGGGACCUGCUGAAGGACUCGGCCAUGUUUCAACAUCAGUUGUAGGGACAGUAGGUUACGCUGCUCCAGAGUAUGUUCAGACUGGCAGGCUUACUGCUAAGAGCGAUGUUUGGAGCUUCGGUGUGGUACUCUAUGAACUUAUCACGGGGAGACGAGCGGUGGAAAGAAACCUACCCCGAAGUGAGCAGAAACUGUUGGAAUGGGUGAGACCCUAUGUAUCAGAUUCGAAGAAAUUUCACAUUAUUGUAGACCCUCGACUUGAAGGAGAGAAUUGCAUUAAAUCGGCUCAGAAACUUGCAUCCCUGGCAAACAAAUGUCUAAUGAAGCAGCCGAAAUGCCGGCCUAAAAUGAGUGAGGUGGUUGAGAUGCUGGGAAACAUCAUUGCUGAGGCGUCAACUCAUCAAGAUGAAGAUGCCCCUCAGCCUGUCAUCGAAACCGAAGUUAAGGAAGAAAUCACAGGGGAGACUGAGCCUGAGGCCACCAAGCAGGGGAACAAUUAUCGAAAGAAGGUUUUUGAUAUCAGAGAAAUGGUCAGCUUGAGAAACAAAUCAUUUGGCAAGUUAGAUUGGAGAAAUUGGACGCCUGGACUUGUGAGAACUUGGUGACGGAUAAGCCAGCUUCACCCCCACCCUACUUUUCUGGGAUGGACGAUGGAUGUAGAUAUAUACAUGUGAUUCCUGGAAACAUAUACCCUUUCUCUCUCUCUCUCUCCGUGCUUUGUAUUUUGGAGUGUAGUUGUAAAUAUUGCAUGCCAAGGAAGCUGCAUUUAUGAGGCAUGCUUUCACAUAUCCCUUGAAAUGAAAUGACUCAUUUCAUGUUCAAGAUUAUAUUUCACAUAUCUAAUGGUGAAUAUGUUACUGUAUUAUUUACAAUGAUGUGACAUUAUGUACACUAUUAGAUACAACAAAAUAAAAUCUUGACCAUAAAAUGAUUUCUUUCCGAAGAGGAUGGUAUUCCGAGCUUUAAGUUCAUUAGAUCAUACCUGUUUAGAGGUAGCAUUAAUGAAUAUGAUGGCUAUCUAUAGUCUUCCUAUA